CCCCCCCCCCCCCCCCUUCUCCUCUCUUCCCACCGGAUUGCGAGCCUCAGCCAGCCAGGCAGCAACAGCGCUCUGGCAAACGUAAGAGAUCUCAGCUGGCAGCACAGAGAGUCUCUCGUGUUGUAGGAUAUCAAUAGAUACAUCUUUGCAUUAUAUACCGUUAGACACGCGCGCGCGCACCGACUCGCACGCACGCACACAUCUAUGCACGGCUCUUCAGACUCUGGCUUUAAUACAAGUAUGUGGCUACCUGAACUAAGGAAUCAAAAUUACCGAGAUGCAAGAACUCCUCCAGCUCUGAAACUACUCUUAUUAUAGGGUCAUCCUGUCAUUCCUGCAAACACUAAUCAAUCAUGGGAUUUGAAGUUAAUACUACUAAAUAAAUGAAUUGCUUAAUCUCCUAUGACCAUCUAUACAUACUUCAUCUUCACAAAGCUUAUCAAUUUUAUGUCAUCAAGGACAGAGUGACCUUCAUUUCCACAAAAUGCCUCUUACUACUGGACAAGUUGGUUACAAAUUUAUCACUUAUCCUCAGGAAGAAAGUCCUUCGCGAUCAUCAUUUGACAAAUGCAAGUGUGUGUUUUAUCAAUUGACCAGGUCAUACUGAAUUCCAAAACCAUAAUUGUGGAAUACUAAAGGGUCUGUUACUUUUCUGAACAUUUGAGCUAAGAUGAAGGACAUGCAACUCAAAAUUAAUUUUCUACUUGGCCUAGUUAUCACUGCACUAGUACAAGCUGUAGAAAAAAAAGCAGACUGCCCAGAGUCAUGUAUAUGUGAGAUCAGACCAUGGUUCACACCCAGGUCUGUGUAUAUGGAGGCUCCAACAGUGGACUGUAAUGAUUUAGGCCUUUUUAAUUUUCCAGCCAGACUGCCUGCCGACACACAAGUUCUACUUCUACAGACUAAUAAUAUUGCAAAAAUUGAACAUUCAGUAGACUUCCCAGUAAAUUUAACUGGUCUAGAUUUAUCUCAGAACAAUUUAUCCUCAGUGACCAGUAUUAAUCUUAGAAAGAUACCACAGUUGCUUUCAGUAUACCUUGAAGAAAACAAACUUACUGAACUCCCUGAAGAAUGUCUCUCUGGACUCUACAAUUUACAGGAGCUUUAUAUUAAUCAUAAUCUGCUUUCUGUGAUUGCACCAGGAGCUUUCAUAGGCCUCAGUAAUCUUCUCAGACUUCAUCUUAAUUCAAAUGGUCUGCAAAUGAUCAACAGGAAGUGGUUUGAAGCUACUCCUAAUCUUGAAAUUCUCAUGAUUGGAGAAAACCCAAUAAUCAGAAUUGAAGAUAUGAACUUUAAGCCUCUUAUCAAUCUGCGCAGCCUAGUUUUAGCAGGCAUAAAUCUCACUGAAAUACCAGAUAAUGCUUUGGUUGGGCUUGACAAUUUAGAAAGCAUCUCCUUUUAUGACAACAGAUUUGUAAGAGUGCCCCACAUCGCUCUUCAAAAGGCUGCAAAUCUUAAAUUUCUGGAUCUAAAUAAGAAUCCCAUUAACAGAAUACGACGAGGAGAUUUUAGCAAUAUGCUGCAUCUAAAAGAGUUAGGAAUUAAUAACAUGCCUGAACUGAUUUCUAUAGAUAGUCUUGCUGUUGAUAAUUUACCAGAUUUAAGAAAAAUAGAAGCUACCAAUAACCCCAGAUUAUCAUACAUUCAUCCAAACGCAUUCUACAGACUUCCCAAGCUGGAAUCGCUCAUGCUCAACAGCAACGCGCUGAGUGCCCUGUACCGAAGUACCAUAGAAUCCUUGCCUAACCUCAAAGAAGUUAGUAUACACAGCAAUCCCAUUAGAUGUGAUUGUGUCAUCCGCUGGAUUAACAUGAAUAAAACAAACAUUCGCUUCAUGGAGCCGGAGUCCCUGUUUUGUGUAGACCCUCCUGAGUUCCAAGGCCAGAACGUGCGACAGAUACACUUCCGGGAAAUGAUGGAAAUCUGUCUCCCCCUGAUAGCUCCGGAAAGUUUUCCAUCCACUCUGGACUUAAAAACUGGCAGCCAUAUUUCCUUACACUGCAGAGCAACGGCAGAACCAGAACCUGAAAUCUACUGGAUAACACCAUCAGGGCACAAACUUUUGCCUAAUACUAUUUCUAAUAAAUACUACAUUCAUUCCGAAGGAACAUUAGACAUAAGCGAUGUAACACAAAAAGAAAGUGGCUUAUACACCUGUAUAGCAACGAAUUUAGUUGGGGCAGACCUAAAGUCAGUCAUGAUUAAAGUGGACGGCUCUUUUCCUCAGGACAGCAAUGGAUCUUUGAAUAUUAAAAUAAAAGAUAUAAAAUCUAAUUCUGUUUUGGUUUCAUGGAAAGCAAGUUCUAAAAUUCUGAAGUCCAGUGUUAGAUGGACAGCCUUUCUGAAAGCUGAAAACUCUCAGGCUGCACAGAGCGCUCGAAUACCAUCUGAUAUAAAGGUAUAUAAUCUUACACAUCUAAAUCCAUCAACCGAAUACAAAAUUUGUAUAGAUAUUCCCACUAUCUAUUCACAGAAUAAGAAACAAUGUGUCAACGUAACCACAAAAGGACUGGACUUGGCAGUGAAAGGCUAUGAAAAAACCAACAUAAUAGGAUUCCUUGCCUGCCUUGGUUCUCUUUUGGGAAUCAUCUCUGUGAUAUAUCUCUACAGCUGCCUCUCACGAGAGAUGAACUAUGACGUUGGACACAGCUAUCUAAAGAAUUACCUGAAGAAACAAUCCUUUUCACUCAAUGAGCUUUAUCCUCCUCUAAUCAGUCUUUGGGACAUGGGCAAAGAAAAAAGCACAGCAAUGGAAGUAAAAGCAACUGUUAUAGGUGUGCCAACCAAUAUGUCAUAAAUAUGUCAUUAUAUCACUUAAUUUCUGAAAUAAAAAGCACAUGACUGCAUUUGUGCUAAAUAAAAAGGCAACAAGAAAAAGUAUUUCUUUUAGGAACUAGAUGCCUGGACUUUGCUGCUGCCGACAAAUGGGAAUAUAUACUGACUCAGCAUAAGAGAAGAAUUUUAACUAACUGGCUUCUAAAGGUAUUCUACCAACCAAAUACAAUUAACUUCAUUUUCUAGAACUUUCAUGGGACUUUUAAGUCUGGAAUACAGUGCAAGUAGCCAAGAACAUUUUCUGUAUUUUUUUUUUAAUUAUUAUAUAAAAGUAGUGGAACUGAGCAAUACCUCCUCCUGUGCUGUAUUACACACACUAGCCACGAGUUUUUGCAGUGAACAGAUAUACUAGGAUUGACACAUGGUGUAAUGAAAUGGACAAAUUCUGUAGAGUAGACACAGUGAGUAUGUGAAUUUUUUUUAUGAGGAAAAUACAUUUUUGAUUAAAAUCAAAA